AUGCCAAUCGCGACAGUACCUGUCAACGACGAAAGAACCAUCGUGCAGCUGCUGUCGGCCAUUGUCUUCUGCGCGCUUGUGGUUGCAAUCGCGGUUGCCAGCACCGUCCGAAGCUACUUUCGCGACUUGGACACAAUGAAGCUGCAGCUGUUGUCGAUCUCCCUUGAUUCUACAAGGAGUUCAUGCUGUGAUCUACAUCAUGUGAGCCCUUCGGGUGAACGUAUGCUGUGCGACCGUAAGAUCGUGAAAGAGUGCGUGAAGAUUUGGUUUGGCAGCGUGCUAACUUUCGAGGACACUGUGCGCACCGAGGUUUUAGACAUUUUGAACCGUGAUCUUACCCAGAAGGUAUUCAGUACUCCAUGGGCUUUGGGAGUGACUUCCCCAAUCAUUCUGGCUUUCAUGGACGUCUCUGCAAGCUGGACUCAAGCCGACCAUCCUUGGGAGCUGUGGGAGCAUCCGGCUGUUGCCCUUCUACUCGAAGGGUUGAUGAUUUGGUUCCUAUUCGUCCCAGCCAACAAGGAUCUCUUGAUACUUUUGCUAAGGCUUGGUCGGCGGAGACCAAGGGGAACUUGUCUCGAGCUCCUGAAGAACCUAUCGGUGUUGGCAGCAGCAGCUGUCCCUGUCCUUGUAUUGGUGGUAGCUUAUGGUCUCACUCGAUUUGCAGAUCGGGCUGUUUUCGACACUGAGAAUGUCAUGCUUCGAGCGGUGGGGUUUGCAUUCUGCACAGUGCUGAUAUCACUGUGCAACUUCGUCGUAGGACUUGGCCUGAAGGCAGUUUUACGCAGGCCUGGUUGGUAA